AUGGCUUCCUUUAUUACACCUCAAGUCUGCCGUGCCUUCAGAGCAGCUCCCAAGGCUGCCCCUUGGGCUCGUCUUUCCACCCAACUGCCUCGGGCUCAGCCUGCCUUCCGCCGCUUCUACGCAGCUCCCGCCCAAGAACAACCCCGACUGCGUCUCGGGUCCACCGCACCUAACUUCAAGGCCCUCACCACCAAGGGUGAAAUUGAUUUCCAUCAGUUCAUUGGCGACAGCUGGACCAUCCUGUUCUCCCACCCCGCCGAUUUCACCCCCGUCUGCACCACCGAGCUUGGUGCCUUUUCGAAACUGAAGAAUGAGUUUGAGAAGCGUGGCGUGAAGAUGAUUGGGCUGAGUGCCAACGAUAUCGGUUCUCAUGGCGAGUGGAUUAAGGAUAUCAACGAGGUUGCCUCGACCGAUGUUCAAUUCCCAAUUAUUGCCGACGCCGACCGCAAGGUUGCUUUCCUCUACGACAUGAUCGAUCAGCAGGAUCUGGACAACAUCGACCAAAAGGGCAUCGCGUUCACCAUCCGCUCUGUCUUCAUCAUUGACCCGAGCAAGAAGAUCCGGCUGACUAUGAUGUACCCCGCCUCCACCGGCCGCAACUCUGCCGAGGUUCUGCGUGUUAUCGAUUCCUUGCAGACCGGCGACAAGAAAGGCGUGACCACCCCGAUCGACUGGCAGGUGGGUGACGAUGUUAUCGUGCCCCCCUCGGUAUCCACCCCCGAUGCGAAGAAGAAGUUCGGAGAGGUUCGUGAAGUCAAGCCCUACCUGCGCUACACCAAGUUCUAA